AUGGAGGAAACAUUGUCAGAGGGAUAUGUUAGUUUUAAAGACAACACAAAACAGUGCAAUACUUCUGUAAAAUUUUUUGAGUGGAUCCUCAACUAUCCUCUUUUUAAUGAAAUCAAGAAUAGAAAUUUAUCCAGUCGUUUCAGUAUCCUUUGCCUGAAUGAUAGGGAAUCCUUUUGUGCAAAACCGCCUCACAUAUUAGUAAAGAGAAAAAGUGAAAGAAAGAAGGAGGCUAUUGUUCGUAUAAAGGAACCGAAUGAACUGACAACGAAUUUAAUUAAAGAACAAAUUAGGAAAGAUGAUUAUAGUAUAAUAAAUAAUAACAAGUUUUAUGUAAGUAUAAUAAAAAAGAGCGAAAAGAUAUAUAACACCUAUAAUGAUGGAUUAAAUGAGGAAAGGGAAAAAAAAAAAAUUUUUGAAAAAGUGAAGGAAAGAUACUUAAAAAAAAAAGAAAACAUUAAAGGGUAUGUGUACCCCCCUUUUCCUUCAAGCUCAAUUAUAAAUAAGAAAGAGGAUUUAUUAUUGAAUGAAGAAUAUAACCCUUUUUUUAAUUUUUUUGAAAAAGACAUAAAUAAAAAUAUAUACCACAAUAGUAUAAAUUUUUCCUUAAAAACGAACAUACAACUGAAUCGCUAUUUUUAUAAAGUCAUUUCAAAUCAACUUAAAUACUACAGAAUAAAGAAGGACGUGUACGUCAUCAUUUUAAAUAUUAUAAACGAAGUUUCGAAGUAUUACUACUCUUAUGGUUACGAUAUCCUGAAUAACAUAAAAAUAAAAUAUUUCCCCUAUAAAAAUAUCUCAAACAGCUUUUACAUCAACGGUCUGGUUUUCAGCAAUUGUUCCAUAUACUUCGAUAAUGUUGAAAUAAAAAAUCCAAAAAUAUUAUUGCUGGAUUCAGAAAAAGAGAUAAAGUUCGAAACGUUAGAGGAUUAUUAUAACGAGAAUUAUAAUUACACGUAUUUUAUUUUGAAAAAAGUGUCAAAUAGAAAUUUGAAUAUUAUUUUAGUUCAUGGAGAAAUUGACUAUUAUAUUAAGAAAUUAUUAAUUAAUAAAAAAAUAUAUUUUUUUACAAGUAUAAAGAAAAAAAAUAUAUUUCGUCUUUCCAAUAUUUUACGCACAAAAAUUUUAAGUUAUGAUAAUUUUAGGAAUUUUGAUAGUAGUUAUAUAGCUAGGGCAAAUUAUUUUAAAAUUCAAAAAUAUAAAAAAAAUGUAAAAAAUAUUUUUCUUUGUUGUAAUAAUAAAUUUUUAACCAUAUGCAUUUUUGGAAAAAAGGAAAUUAGACACGAUAUAUUAGCAAAAAAGUAUGAUGAGUCUGUCAUACCACCAUCAGCAAAAUUGGGAAGUAACAUGAAGUGUAAAAAUGAAGUAAGAGAUAAAGGAAAAAAUAAGAAUAUAUUUGAAAUUCUUUUUAAAAAAGAAGUAAAGAAAGAAAACAUUUUUGAAAAUUUUCUUCAAGUAUAUUAUAAGAACAAGAGUGAUGACUACAUUGUGGACUAUUACUUUUUAAAUAAGGAAAAGAGAAUAAAUUUUUCAGGUAAAGAAAAAAAAGAGAAUAAAAAAAAAUUGUUAUUAAUAAGUCAUUUAAAAAAUAUAAUUAUAAUUAAAAAGGUUAAGAAGUUGUUAAGGUUUUGCAUAUAUUUAAGUUUUCAUAUUUAUAAACAACUCUAUUUGAAUACAUAUAUGGGUAGAAUAUGUAUAUGUUUACCUGACAAAAAUAUAAGUACAAAUAUAGUAAGGGAUAAAUUAUAUAAUAAAAUUAGUAAAUCCAUAUUAUACUCCUCAUUCUUCUUUUUUUUCAAUAAUAGUAAAAAAAUUAAAACUACGCCAAUAAAUUUUAUGUACAAUUUAUUUCAUUUAAUAAAUAUAAAUAAUCCCUUAACGAGGGAGCGAAUGAAAACACUCCAUUCCUUAGUGAAGACCUUGAACAUUAUUAAGGAACAAACAUAUAGCAACUUUGAACAUUGCUUUUUUAAUAUUGAAAAAAAUAAAAUAAUAGAUAUUGUAAAUUAUUUCAUAUUCAACAGUUUUAUGAAAAAUUGUGAUAUUAACUACCAUUAUAUUUAUUACUACUUAAAAAUUGUAAACAGUACCUACUUGUAUUAUAGCCAAAAAAAUAUUAUAAUAAAAGAGAGAGAUCUUUUGAACGAUGCGAACAUUUUAGUUAAUCCAAACUUUACUAGUGAUACUAUUACAGUGGAAAACAAAAUUAAUGAAAAAGUGGAAAAAAUAAUUGCGCAAAAUAUUUUAUUUUAUUCUUAUAAUUUUGAGACUGUGAAGAACAUAGAAAUGAUAACUUAUUUUAUAUGCCCUAAUUACAUGUUCAUAAAUAAUGUGUACAACAAUAUAAACAUAUACUUAUUCGAUAAUCGGAACUAUAACAGCAAAAAAUUGUUUUUCAAUUUUUUUUUCAAUCAUAAAUAUAUAUUCGAUAUCUCGCUUCAACAGUUUGUCUUUGUGAUUUACUCCUUGAGUUUCCAUUUGACGUGCCCCUUCGAUUUGUGCAGAAAUUAUCUGUGUUAUCACCAGAUAUGCAUCCAGGUGUUUCUGAAGAGAGUGCUCAUUUUAAUUAAAAAGGAAAAUAAGGAGGACCUAGGAGAUGAUAUCAUUAUGAACAUCAUAUGUACCAAGUGUAAUGUGAUGCAAGAAAGGAUAAUAAACAUUCAAUUUUCAUUUAGCGAAUUUUUAUUAAGUAUUAUACAUUCUGAUAAUUGUAUCAAUGUACAGUGCAACCAUAAUGGCAGAAACAACAGUUAUGAGCUGAAUUUUAAAAAUAUAAAAAUAUGUUUUCAUAUACAUGAUAGCGAUAUAUAUAAGACUAUUUUUCCAUACAAAUCAGGUAUAAUACAUCGUCAUAUAAAUAAUGAUGUGACAAUAAAUAAGAAUAAAAAAGGAAUAGACAAUAAUAGAGAUAAGAGCACAGGGAGAUUCAGUAGUAAUGUUUGGUUAUGUGUGAGCGAGAAAAAAUAUAAAUGCAAAAGUAGGAUCGCAACUAAAAAAUUGAUAAGAAAUUAUAUUAAAAAAAAUAUAAAAAGAAUCAUAUAUAAUAAUGUUUUUUACUAUUUCCCUUGUAAAUGUGUGACAAGAAGAUAUGGAUGCAAAUACGAGAAUAUGAAGAAGCGAAAGGAACAGCAUGUAUAUACAAAUUUUAAUCUUUAUAACAUUAUAGAAAAUUUUCCAUUCUUCACUAGUUCAAUGUUACCAAUGUAUUGCUCCUUAAAAUAUUUAAUUUAUAAUUGUGUAAUAAAAUAUUAUAGAUUGAAGAACAAACACUUAUAUGUACAAUCACACAGAACAAGGCGUAAGAAAGAACAUUUUUAUAAUCCCUAUUCCCCUUUGUACUUUAAAAAUAAAUGCAAAAAAUGCAAGUACAUAAAAAUUUCAAACUUUUCUACCUUAGGAUUUUUUAAUGUCUUAUUUAUUAUAAAAAGAAUUUUUUAUAAUUUUUAUAUUUCAUUGAAUUUCCUCAUUGGUGUACUAAACAAGAAUAUGUUUAUUAAAAUUAAUGAAAUAUUUUAUUGUGUUAAUAAUAGAUAUUAUUUUGUUGAGGAUAAUUUUCUACUUAUAAAAGAGAACUUUAACAAAAGUGAAGAAAAGAGGGGAAAGGAAGAAUCGAAUUUGGACAGCAUUAGAGCAAGUCGCGUAAGUGAAAUUUGUAUGCAGGAUAAAAAUGGCUUAAUAAAGAGUGUUAUAGAUGAAGAGAAGAACAACGACAAAGCAGAUAGAGAAAUAAAUAAUAUGAAUGUUUAUACCCAUACAAUAAAUAUGAACAGUGAGAGGGUAGUAUUAUAUAGAAAUCAAAAGGAGUCAGAAUACCAAGGUGAAGAAACGGACGCAGUGGAAAUUUGCAGUUCUUGUACAAACGUAGUUACCUCCAAACCAAUAGAGAGUAAUCAUAAUAUAUAUAUUUUAAACAACAUUAACCGUAUUAAAGAAAAUUUAAUAAAGCAAUUUAUAUUAUACAGGAAAUUUAAAAACAAGAUGGAACGUUAUAGGAAAUAUUUAAUUAGAGUGCUAGUCAUUUUUUAUUUUUACGCUGUUGUGUAUUUAAAAAAGAAGCAGUUUUUCUUAGACAUUGAAAUAUUUUUUUCAUUUUACAUUAUGAUGUUAGAAAAAUUAAAUUUAAAAAUUCAAAAGAAUAUCGAAAAAAUGGAAAAAUUAAUGGAUAAACAAAAUUUGCGGUAUUUGCACUUUUUUGCAAAAGGUAGAGAGAGGAUAGAAAAAAAAUGGGCAACCAAAAUGGGUAGAAAGCAAAAGCAGAAGCAAAAGCGGAUGAACUUACAUCCCCCCAUGCGUAAGAUCAAGAUGAACAAAAGAUACAUUAACAGUAAAAAAGAGCUGGUAAAAAAAUGGAAGGACUCAAAAACGAAGUAUGCAAAGCUAUGUACAAUAAGGGAAAAACGCUCUUUCUCCAAUUUAUCAUAUUUUAAAAAAUUUAGUGGAAAUAAAUCGGAAUUGGACAAUUAUUUUUACUUCGUUCGUGAGUAUGACGUUCGUAUGUUAUAUAUGAAGGAAUCCUAUUACAUAUACAAUAUAGAGAGUUAUCGAAAAAAAAAAUAUAUAGAUGAUAUGAGCAAAGAGGAAUUUGAAAAUUCUAACAAGAAACUAUUUUAUAUGCACAUAUUAAAGAUAAUUGAUUCGGCGAAAAAUGAAGUAGAGUGGUAUAACAAAAAUGGGGAAAUGCGGGACAUGGAGCAGCGGCAAAAAGUGGAGCGAAAAAUACAAGGGGAAAAAAAAAAAAAAAAAAAAAAAAAAAAUUGCGCCUUUUUAUAUAACCAAAGUGAUAUAUCCAAUUUGAUAUUUAACGCUUUAAUAUCGGAUGAUUAUAAGACACAGUUGAAGCAAAUUUUUGACAAAGAGAAUGAAAAAAUAAUGAAUGAAAUGGGAAAAGUUGAGGAUAAAGAUGAAGAUGAGGAUGAAGUUAAAGUUGACCGUGAGGAUGAUAGAAAAAACGUAGUUGUAAAAAAGAAAAAUGAUGCGAAUAAAAGGGAGAGACUAAAUAAUAGUAAUCACAGUGCUGAAGUACUAUAUGCACAUGUUAAGAAAUUUUUAAAGAAAAAUAUAAGCAAACUGUCAAAUCACUUUCUUAAGAAUAAUCGGAUAAAUGUUUUUUUAAAUUGCAAAAAUAAUGAUGUCGUAAUAAUUGUUCUAAAUGAUAAUGUUUCAGUGUAUAUAUAUUUUCCUUUACAAUUUUAUUAUUUACGAAAAUUAUUAUGCAAAAGGGAAAGCAUUUUUUUGAAAUCUCUUACAAAAAGUAAUUACAUAAAUUUUGAUCAUAAAAAAAGGCAUUUUGUAAAGAGUUAUGAUGAUAGGUAUAUUAUAAAGGAAAUAAAUAAACAUGAAUUUAAAUCCUUCAUUAGUAGAUACAAAGAAUUUUUUCAACACUUCUCAGACAUUUUUUUCCGAUUCAAAAAAUCCCUCUUGUGCUUUAUGUACGGUUUAUAUCAAAUCGAAAUGAAAAAAAAAAAUAGAAAAACAAUAAAAACAUAUAUUAUUUUAGAAAAUGUUAAAAUUGAAAAUACGAAUUCUAAAAUAUUAAUUUUUGAUAUUAAAGGUGCAAGGAAAAAGAAAAACUUGCAAAAAUUAAUGAAGCAAAACAAAAAGAGUAGUGUGCCUCUUAUUUUUGAAAAAGAUGAUACCAUUUCACUGAAUACAUCUAAAAUUAUGACUGAAAAAAAAGACAUUCUGGAUGAUAACUCUUCUGGCAUAUCUGCCAAUAUGAAAUAUUUUACCAAAUAUCUUCGAAUGGAAAAGCAAGUAAACUUUAAGUGCAUUCCCAAUAGAGGGGAAGAUCAACAAACGGAGGUAAAAAAAGCAAGUGUGAUUUAUAGUAAAAAAAAUUAUUUGAAGUUCCUUUCUCUGAAUAAUCCUGACAGGGCAAGGGAACAGGAAAAAGGGGAAAAAAAUGAUGAGGACGUUGUUGCUGAAAAAAAGAGUUCACACCAACAACAGGAUGUCAAAGAACAAGUAGGUGAACAUGGAAAUGAGGCGGAGGAGGAGGAGUAUGAGAAGAAGGAGGACGUUGUGCGACUAGCAAAGAUAAAUGACGUAGGAAAACAGAAAGAAAAGAAAAAUAAGCCGAAGGAAAAAUAUCCAACGGUGCAAACAGAUAAAAAACAAAGAAGUGCUUAUAUCAGGAUUAGAAGAAAUAACGAGGAAAGGAUGAAAAGUAUUUAUGCAAACAUGAGGAAAAAAAUGUUAUAUGGAUUAUACUAUAAUGAGGAAUCAUCAAAGAGGCAUCAUUUAAUAGUGGACAAAUUAAAGAAAUACACAUUUUUAACGAAUAAUCGAAAAAAUGCCCAGUUAUUGAUGAAUAGGAAAAAAAAGGAAAAAAGAAAGCAUUGUACAGAGACGAUAGAUGAUGAAGAGGAGAAUAGGAAUAUUUUUCUAAACGCUAUUGUGCAUGAUAUAAGAAUGUAUCUAUUUUUAAAUAACAAAAUACUAAAAUUAAUAAAAAAGAAAAAUAUACGCAAAAAAAAACAUAAAAUAAAAUGUAAAAAAAAGAAAUUAAGGAAUAAGUACUUAUACGGUAUGAAGGCUACACUACAUUUUUUAACAAAGAAAAAAGAAUAUAUUUUAAGUAAAGACAAUUUAAAGAGAUGUAAAGUAAAUCAUAAAAAGAGAUAUGAAGAAGGAACGUUUGAUUUUUUAAAUAAAGAAUCUACAGAUAGCAAAAAUUUUGACAAUUUAAAUUCAAUAGAAAAAUACAACAAUUUUUUAAUAGAUAAUUACAACUCUUUAAAAGGUUAUACCAUCCUAUUUGAUGAUAACUUUAGGGAUUUUAUUAAAUCUAAGGUAAUUAAUUUAGAAUAUAAUGAUUAUAAAUAUUUAAUGGAUUCAUUAAAUGAGGAUACGAACUUUUUAAGUUCUCAAGAUAUCAUGGAUUAUUCUCUACUUAUACAUAUAGAUAUAUCAAAUUUUGAAAUAAUUUUUAAAAUUAUUGAUUAUUUAAGACCAUAUACAUGGGACAAAUCAGUAGAAAAUUUCAGCAAAAGUGUAUUGUAUUUAACAAAAGGAUAUAGACCAACUAUUAUACAGUCUGAAUAUUAUAAAAAAAGAUUCUUAAGUAAUAUUAAAAAAUAUAUAUUUUAUUAUAUUCCAAUUUAUUCUCUUAAAAAAAAAAUUGUUUUUAAAAUAGGUAAUAGUAAGGGCACAUUUCCAGUGGUAACCUUAGAUAAAAGUCAUCCAUACAAAACGUACUUUUUUUAUAAUCUCUUUAAUAUAAUAAUAAGAUAUUAUACCAAUUUCUAUGUAUAUAUGAAAUUAUUUAAUUCCAAUAAUAGGUUAUUGCAUGAAAACUGUUUUGCUAAAAAUAUUUAUUCCCAAAAGAAUAUUAUGAUUUUUUUAAGUUAUUACUUUAAAGAGUAUUUCAUACAAAAUAAUGAAGAAAAAAAGGAAAACUAUAUCCAUCUUUCGGAUCCCUAUUCUCAUUUAAAAAAUAUAACCACUUGUAAUUUCUUCCCAUAUAACGUAUAUUCAGACUCCCUCAAAAAGGUAUUGACCAUAUGUGAUACUAAUAGGAAUGAACAAAAAAUGUUAGCAAUAAAAUAUAAUAGUAGCAACAUUGAUAGCAACAUGCCUUAUUUCAAUAAGGAGCAGACUACUAAUAUAAUAUAUGAAGAUAGCGAAUAUCUGCAUAGUAUUGUUUUACCUUACAUCACAUUGGAGCAAUGCGCCUUGCGCAGUAGCAAUAAUGAUGGUAAUACUGGCAAUACAGCAUGUAGAAACACAGUAAGUGGUAACAACAUUGAUAACCUCUUCCCAGCCUUUAGCAAGAACAAUAUUUGUUUUUCUAACUGCUCGGGGAAUGUUGACUUGGCAAGUUACAUGCCGGGUAUUUCAAAAAUGAACUCAAAUUUUUUUAGUUCAAAUAAUUACUUUGACGAAGCAGAAUUUGAGAAAUUAAAAAAGAAAUUUUAUAAAAGAAUUUCUGAAUUUCAAAUAAAAAUUUUAAAAAAUUUACAAAAAAAUAAAUUGAAAAUUGAAAAUGCUUCCUACUAUGUUCAAAAUAAUGUGUACCUGGAAAUGAAUGAUGUGAAUAUGCAUUAUACGAAUAUAAAUUAUUUAGAUGCUUUUAACAUUUUUAAUAUUUGUGAAAAUAGUUUUAACAAUAAAUGCAAAAGGGGAAGGCGCCGAAAAAAAGAACAAAUCCUUUUGUAUAUUCCGUCCUAUUUUCUCUUCGUUUUGAAUAAGUAG